AUGGCAUCUACACAAAACGCAAUGCCGAUGACCAUGAAUGACAAUGAACCUAAUCAGCAGAAAAUCAACAGCAGAAAUAUACACGACUGGACCUUCAACACAACAGGAUUCGAGAAAGCUGCUGAAGAUUGGCAAAAGUUUUAUAGAGUGUGCCGGAGCACUGAACUGCAAACUAAUCAUGAAAACUUCACUUUCCCGACAGUCCGAGACGUCUUUCUGGCAAGAGCAUGUUACGACGAUUUAUAUUUGAAAGUGUGGGCGUUGACUAUGGAGGAAGAUAGUCAAAUUCUCAUUACUGGCCAGGCUGGCACAGGCAAAACUGUGGCGAUGUGGUACCUCAUCUGUCGUGCUAUCCGCGACAUCGCUCAACCAAUCGUUUAUGUGGACAAGCAGAUCACGUAUGUCUUCUUCGACGGAGUGGUAUAUUACGGAUCCACAAACAUUUGUGCUUCCGAAGCGCUGCCCAAAUCCAAGACUGAAUCAGCGACACUCCUUGUUUUCCUCAAUCUCGACGGAACGGACCUCUCGCCAAGUGUCGGCAAUCGAUGGACCAAGAUCAUCCAGGCCUCCUCCAAUCCAGCCAACCACCGAUGGACCGAAAAGGACCUUCUUCAUGCACAAAUAGUGCUUCCUCUCUGGACAAAAGACGAACUGGUGAAAUGUUUUGAAGUGACACCGAGGAACACAAAGUUUCUGAAUACACUAGAUGAAUCCUUCGAUGAGCAUGGAAAUGCGAAAACAGGCGUCGAUCCAAACCUUGCCAGUCGCUUCAAGUCAGCUUUGGAGCAAGCGCGUCUGCAAGCAAACACGCAUCCCGGCCUACUCGACCACACCCGCAAGCUGUCUGUGCUUAUCGAGGCCGCCAUAACCAAACUCGGCCCUGUAGUCCGCGACGUCUUCACAGCCGUCGUCAACCCGUCGCAUGUAGAUGCGCUACUGCAACGGGCUAUACAGGAACUCCAGUUGGGCGAUCUAAUCACUGCCGUGUCGAGUGAAGGACUGUCCUUACCUGGAGCUUCGCAUCGAAUCAUUCUCGUGGCUGCCGACGGUGAAGAAGUCGAUAAGGUCGCUAUAGAUCCAGAGUGGAAUAUCAAUAUCAAAUCACCUGACAUUGGAUUCCUGCUAAUGCGUCGAUUGCGACAACUUGAGGACACAGGAGUCAUACGAUCCUGCAUCAGUUUACUUGCUUUGCCACGAGGGCGGUCGUUGGCUGGCUGGCUCUUCGAAGACGCUGCCCAGCGAAUCCUCAAAACAUUGGAAAAAGACAUCCCUUUGGUUCCCAUGCAAAUGGAUACAAAUCUCGGAAAUAACUCCAACCCAAUAUUCACCACACCAGAGAAUCUUGACGCUGCGGACCCAGUCGUAAAGUUACCGUCCAAGCGAUCCGUUAUCCAAAUCCCCUUCAAACCAACCAGCUGGAAAAACAUCAAACCAGAUGUUUAUCUGUUCUCCGACGCCUGUAACACGCCACUGAUGGACGCCAUUCUUGUUGAAUUCAAGCAUCGGACUUCUAUACUGUGGGUUCUUCAGCUCACAGUCGGUGACGGUCGCCAUUACGGUUCCAACGAAGGAUAUCCACUAAUAGAUCAGAUCAAGACGGCUAUAUCCACCAAACGGCCGCGUGAUACUUUUAACAUCCGCUAUGUCCUCGUCAAGCCCGUCGAACCUGCAGGAGAGAAGAUGCCAGGGUCCUGGAAAUUGCCUACAGGGUGGAGUAAACGCAAAGGAAAGGUAUUUUGCGCUUAUCUCCCACUCGCAUGAGUCAAAUCACCUACCGUAUACAUUACGUUCAGUGGUCAUGCACAAAUGUUUUUGCCAUCCCUUCACGUAGCACAGUCUUUCUCGCGUGGCAGUCUUUUCUCGUUCAAUGUUCUUUUUCUCUUUUACCCGCUUUCUUUCACCCAUCAGCCCUUCGGCGUCAAACGUCUUGUCGCCACUUUUAUUUCCUUUCUUAAAGCCUACUAUCACAUGGGGGUCAGCAUCCGUCGGACACCGUUCCUUGUCGAGGACUUUGCUGUUCAUUUGUCCUGAUACCAGCCAGGUAGAAUACACUGAUAUUCACUCGUAAACAGUAAAUUGAGGUAAAGUUUGCUCGGGUCUGGCAGAAUAUCAUGUUCUAUGGCCAA